UCUCAACAUCCACAGCCAAACACAAGAUCAACAACUAGCAACAAAUAUGAGAGCUGGUGGUUGCACAAUAUAUCAAUCUCUCACUCCAGAGGCAGCAGCUAUAAUCGAGCAAGCUAUAGCCUUAGCUCGCCAUCGAGGCCAUGCUCAGGUCACUCCUCUUCAUGUAGCCAGCACCAUGCUCUCCUCCUCGACUACCCUCUUUCGCUCAGCCUGCCUCAAAUCUCAUUCUCACCCUCUCCAAUGCAAAGCUCUCGAGCUUUGCUUCAAUGUCGCUCUCAACCGCCUCCCAGCCUCUUCUUCUCCAAUUCUCAUUGGUCUCCACGAUUCGAAUCGCCAUCCUCUAUCACUUUCCAAUGCCCUCAUUGCCGCCUUUAAGAGAGCACAGGCUCAUCAGCGGCGAGGAUCUAUAGAAAGCCAGCAACAGCCCGUUUUGAAUAUUAAGAUCGAAUUAGAACAGCUCAUAAUCUCCAUACUGGAUGACCCUAGAGUGAGUAGAGUCAUGAGGGAAGCUGGCUUCUCCAGCUCCCAUGUGAAAGCCAAUGUAGAGAAAAAUUCUAAUCCUAACCCUAGUUCUAGCAAACCAAAGGAACCAAUCAAACCAAUUAGGAUUCCAAGUCCUGUAAUGACUGUUAUUGAAACUCUAGCGAGCGGUCAUCAUAAGAGUGUUGUGGUUGUGGAUGAGUGCUUAGCCUCCAUUGAAGGAGUUGUCAGAGGAGUGAUGGAUAGGGUUGAUAAGGGUGAGGUUCCUGAAAUUUUGAAAAGACUACAGUUUAUAACAUUUCCACUGUUCUCAUUUAGGAAUUUAAGGGGAGAGGAAGUAGAGCACAAGGUAAGGGAACUGAAAUGCCUUAUGAGGAGCUGUUGUGUUGGGAGAGGGGUAGUUUUGUACUUGGGAGAUCUCCAGUGGGCUGCUGAGUAUAGAGCAACUGCUCUGGAAGAAAAUGGAAGAGGAUAUUAUUGUCCAGUUGAGCAUAUAAUCAUGGAGAUUAGGAGCUUGGUUUGUGGAGGGUUUGGAGGGGAGAGUGGUUUAAUUGGAGGGAGGUUUUGGGUGAUGGGGAUUGCUACAUACAAGACUUAUGUCAAAUGUAGAGUAGGGAGUCCUUCUUUGGAGGCUGUUUUGGGUCUGCAUCCAAUUACUAUCCCUGCUACUAGCUUGGAAUUGAGCCUCAACUCUGACAGAGAUUCAAAAAGCCUAUCCAAGAGCAAGAGAAGUGGAGAUGGACUUAGUUGGCACUCUUUGCUAGAAGAUGGAGCAGGAAACCAGCUUGCUUAUUGUGGUGAUUGUUCUAUCAAAUUUGAGAAUGAGGCUCUAUCACUUCCUAAAAUUUCUAGCAGAAGUCAAGGCUCAAUGAUCACCUCAAAUCUACCCUCAUGGCUCCAACUGUACAAGGAAGAGAAUAAGAGAUCAACAAGUAACCACAAGGAAUCUAAGUGGAGCUCCAUAUGCAGAACAACCCACAAACACCAACACCACUCCUCAGAGAUCACCCUCCAUUUCUCUUCUUUAUCUCCAUCAUCUUCUUCCAUUUCUUCCCAUGAUCAGCCCUUCUUGAGCUUGCAGUACCAGUCCAAACAUCAACAGAAAGAAGAUCCCAACCGAAACCCUAACUCAACUUCAUCUAGUGACACCAUGGAAAUGGAGCGUCUCUCAAAGUUCAAGGAGCUCAAUGCUGAAAACUUGAAGAUAUUAAGCAAUACACUGGAGAAAAACGUACCAUCCCAGAAAGCCAUAAUUCCCGAGAUUGCCAGCACCAUCCUACAGUGUAGAUCAGGGAUGAUGAUAAGGAAGGAGAGAUCGAAGUCGUCAAAGAGAAAGGAAGACACAUGGUUGUUAUUCCAAGGUCGUGAUGUUGAAGGCAAAGAGAAGAUUGCUAGGGAGCUUGCAGGCCUCGUAUUCGGUUCUUACGCGAAUCUUGUUUCUAUCGAACUGUGCAGUUAUUCACUUACUAAAUCUGGUUCUACUGAAGAUUUUAAAAAUAAACGGUCUAGAUCAGAAGCAAGCCAUAGUUAUCUUGAGAGAUUAUUUGAAGCAGUUUGUCAAAACCCACAUCGGGUUUUCUUGGUUGAGGAUAUAGAACAAGUAGAUGCGUACUCUCAAGUUGGUAUCAAGACAGCAAUUCAGACAGGAAAAAUUCGAAGCUCUAAUGGUAAUGAAGUUAGUAUGAGUGAUGCUAUUGUUAUCUUAUGUUGUGAAAGCUUUGACUCAGGCUCAAGGGCUUGCUCUCCAUCUAUCAAGCAGAAAUUGGAUAGUGAAGAUAUAAAUGUUCAAGAGUCUGAAAAGGAGAUGGAGUCGAGUAGUUGCUUGGAUUUGAAUCUUUGUGUAGUGGAUGAGGAUUUGGAGGAUAACUCUUUUGGCGAUACAGGGCUCCUUGAAACAGUGGACAGGGUAUUCUUUCUUAAUGAUCACAAUGAUCUCGGUUCUUGAUUUUCAUGUUGAACUAUUUUUUUGCCUUUUCAAGUUUUCUUGUAAAUUUCAAAUGCGAAUAGAGAAUCCAAUGGUCUAUGAGAUCUUGUGCCAUUGAGAAAACACUUGUACAGGUGAUUACCUAAGAUAUAAUUGCUAAGUAUGUUACCUUUUU